UUAUUUGCUUGUUGAAAAGAUACGUUUAGCUCAAGUUCUCAAGAUGCGUCUGCUCUUUCAAGCUUACUUUCUCGCAAUGUUUUUCGUAAUGACCGUCAAAGACGAUGGAGCUUCUCAAUCCUGUCCCAAGCCGUACGACAAGAGGAUGGUAUGCAACCUGAUGUGUAACAUUCUACAGGAUUCAAGCGCGAACGACGCCAUUAAAAUGUUGCAAACGAAACUAGAAAGUCUCAUUGCUGAGUUGAACAAACCAGGGAUAGCACGAAAACCAGGUAAAUUGUUGCAGUUGUGAACGACUUUUUAGCUCAGUGAGGUUUGUAAGGCCACAAGCAGUGCUUCUAACCAGAGGAAAACUUCACUCACGAGUGAAUUAUCAUAAACUUUCGCUUUUUCCACAAAGCUGUCUAAUGGUCGCGCCUUUUACAUUUUAUUUAGCCAGAAAGCCCGUAUGAAGUCGUUCUUAAUUAACACCAGAAUUUUUUACUUUCAUACAGCCGUUCCCGCUUCCCCGUGCCAGGAACAGUAUGAGAAACACAAGUGAGUUCCUAGAUGCAAGUAAUGUCAUGAGAAAGGUAAUUUUUAAGUGAAAGACACUGGCGGCUCUGAAGAAAAUAUCCGCGUACUUCCAGUAGGAGUCGAACCUAUGACCGUCAGGUUACUAGUCCAGAUGCUCUACCGCGGAGCUACAGGCGAAUCAUGGGAGCUAAGGCUACUAAACAAGUUAGGUUCAAAUAAGUACUGACAAAAAGGCAAUGAUCGCCAAGAGACACUAUCCUUUUCUUUUUCGAAACCAGCUUUAAAACGUUGAUCUUCAAUAUUUUGACGCACAGUCAAGAAAGAACAAGAGUUGUCCAGAAAUGCAAAAAUGAUCUUUGGUGAAGUAAACCUGACAGUCACUAUUUUCAUUUUCGUAGUUCGACCAAAAGCCAAGUGUACACGCUGAAGUUUGGUUCGCAAAAGAUUCCUGUUUACUGUCACAUGGGAAACUUUGGAUGCGGAGAUGGAGGGUGGACGUUGGCCAUGAAGAUUAAUGGCGCAAAGGUAAAACGAUUCUCCUGGCAUACGGAAGUUAUGUAUAUAGUGUAAAGUUGAUGGGUUCUUGUUUGUAUUUCAGAAAACUUUCCAGUACAACUCUGGGUUUUGGAGUAACAAGAAUUCCUAUCACCUUCCAGGAGGCAAGACCGGGUUUGACGAUCAAGAGACUAAACUGCCAUCCUUGACCUUGUGUAGGAAGAGGUUCUAGACGGACCCAUACUUCUAGCCGGUCGUAUAGUUCAAGUAACAAUAGUUGUUCUUCCGGCGAAGAGAGCAUUCAUUGAUCGCAGACGGGAAGUAUCGCGCCACGUCACUGGGUCGUAACACGUGGAAAAAGCUGAUUGGCUCUCAGGCCUCUUUACAAAGUAACUGUAACAAGGGAGGUUUCAAUGUUCUCUGCGGUGGGACCAAAGUAUGAAUUGGUUUCCUUGCAAACAACGAAAAUGAAUGCAAAUCAUGCGACUCGGGGAUUGGAUUUGGUAUUAAUGUUGGUGCGUACACGAGUGGAAACUUUGGCGACAAAAGCAUCAAAUCCAUGGGGUAUAUCUUGAUUCAGUAAAAAUGAACUGACCUGAGCAUUGUUAAACUAAGCAGCAAAGGAAAAAUAAUAAUAAAAAAGUUAUUAAAUACUAGCUGUGAUUGUAGUAAGAUUUUAACAAAUCCAUUGAUUUCCUGGCAGUUAACAAGUGCGAAAAAAGGGGACACAAUCAUAAGUUUACGCAGAAAAGACCUUCAUUCCGAUUCGUCAUUGAGCAAACGAUGAGACACAAUAACUCAAAAAGUAUACCCACCCGCUCAUCCGUGAAACUGCCUUGUCUUGAAACCAACAGAGGACGUGGCUCGUAUUUAACUCAGCUUGUUAAACACCCAUAACGAUAAUCUAAAAUUAAUGCCAACUUACUUUCAAAACAUUACCUUCUCACUAAAUUAUAUCAGUUCGAGGACCAAAUUGUUGUAAACUGCCCAACGCAACGCAAUACACCAAAGUGUUUUAAGGACGGUGCCCACUAUUGUUACUGCGCACAUUUUCUGCGCCCGCCAAGGUAGUCGCGCACGACGCAAAAGAAAUGCGAAACACGCAGGACACGCGGACUGGUUUUGUCUCCUGUAAGUCUGGGAGGUUCUAGUUAUUUCUUUUGGAAAAGAUGCGUCGUUUUUCAACAGAUGAAAAAUAAUUUCUAUUUACCUUGUCAGUUCUUUGAAAACCGAAAAAGUAUGCGCAUGUUGCUAUUUCUAGGUAUGAUCGAUCUGACCGAACAUUUUAUAGUCAAAUAAAAGUCAAUUCUAAAACAUCAAAAGUUAUUGCUUUAAGAUGUUACGUUUGGAUCUUGGGUAUUAAAAUAUCCCUUAAUAGGCAAGGGUCAAUAAAUCAGAAGGAAAAUAGCUCUAAGUCUUCCGCUUAAUUGAGAAACUGCAAGCUUACCUUUCACUCGCGUCCUUCGCGUUUUAUCGUCUAUCGGCUAUAAACACUUUCCAGAAUAUUUUUUAAUGUUGUAAGAUUUUAUGUAAUUAUUCACCAGAAGAUAGAUUUAAAGCGUUCGAGUACACACAGAUGUCCCUUUUAUUGAGAGUCCUAGGCUUUUAUUUGUUGAACAAACAAGAAAAAAACUAUCACAAGAUCACUUGGAUUGCUGAGAUCGCAGCUUCACAAAUAGUUGCGGACGGCAAAGGAAACGCUUUCAUCGCGGAAAAAUGGUAAAACAAUUGUUAUGCUUUUUACUAUUAUCAUUGUUAUUUAAGCAUUUUGGCUUUACAUGUACUAAGCAUUGAAAUUAUUGACUCAUUGGCAGCUUGUCGUGUAGAUAGUAUUUCUUAAGGUUCAAUUUCACGCCACACAUAAUCUGGACAUUUAGACAUAGCUGCCAUUUGGCUGUUUACAAACUAAAGAUGGAAGGUAAAAUAAAGUAUUAGCCAAAGUUUGUUUGUUUAAAUAAACUAUCAACUGUUUUUUGCAAUGAGGACAACGAAUUUUAGCGUGCUGUUGUGUUUUGUGUCUGUACCUGAACAUAUCUCUGAGAUUUUUAAUGUCAACAGAACAACGGAUCGACAAUCCAGCAUUGUAAUGUCGAUAUUGAAUUCUCUGGUGUACCUCUGCUGAAAACUGGCUUACAUGUAAGGGUUAUGGGGAAAUAUGGCCAAAAAAUAUAUCUAAAAAAAGCAAUGUUGAAAAAUGCAAAAUAUAGAAAGCUACUUCUGUGAAUAAUUUUUUCAAAAAAAAUAAUUAGUCCGUCAGUUGAGAUUAUAUAGUCCAAUGAUCUGUUUCCACAUAGCUUCACCCAAUAGAAAUCAUGUGUGUUUCCAUUUCUUCCUGACAAGAAAAUGCUUAGAUCAUAGCUACUAGCGACAAGAAUAAGAGGUCAAUUGUGUUUUAAGAAGGGGUCAUGUGGUGCCCAUCAUGUUCUUUUGCACUGAGAAGUUUGUACGACAUAUGACAUGAGGCGAUUGAACACGCUAAAAUUGCUUUUGGUCUAUCCAAUCCUUGUUUGUUUUGCCUCAAAUUAAAUUUAACUAUUGAUAACGUGAUUCAAAUUAAUGGGCAAUGAAAGUUAAACAAUACUAUGUGAGAUUUUCGUAAUUUCAAAUCAUUUAGAUAAAUCGUGAUGAAAAUCGCCUAAAUAUCGAUUUGUUUUUCAAUUUCACCUGUCUAGCCAGGAUCAUUUUUUCAGGUUUUGAAGUAAAAUCAGAAUGCCCAAUAUCGGAAUGAUUCGAUUUAGCGCAGGGAAGAUAACUAUUACAAAGUUUUACAAGAAGGUAUAUGUUUACAAGCUAAGGUAAAAUGACGGAUUGAGUCGCUAGUGAUCUAAAAUUAUCAUCAUUUGUCUUUUCUGCCUUAUAUGUUUUUAAGUUGAUCGAUUAGUGUAAAUCGUCUGCCGGAGAAUCCAUUAGAGCCAUUCACGCAAUGUUUAAUUUGGUCGCUGUACUUUUUUUCUUUUAGCUAACUUUCUUCUUGAGCGUAUCUCGCCACACGGCCAUACGAUGGUGAGCCUCUAUGAUUAUUUCCGACGAAAUCGAAGUCGCGACGAUCGUUAAUCAGUGAUGAAACGAAAAUCUUAGAAAUUACAGCGACUAUCGCAUUGCCAUUCCGAUCAGGUUUGGCAACCGUGAGUGAUGCGAUGAUGACAAAGGAAUCUGCCACAAAGUGUGAAACGUUCAGAAUUUUUGUUUGGUUUGCUUUUUAAAGCUAUUUCCUUUUUAUUUUCUCGUUUCCUUCGUCGUGGUCGUGGUUGUUCGAGCUAACCCUAACCCUAAAACCCACGAUUUGAUGGAAAACGCGAGUCGCCAAAAACAGAGACUGGAUGAGAAGAUUAUAAAAAUCAGUUCAGAAGCUGAACUCAAGUGACGUGUCUCAUCCAAGUUACAGAUAUCAGUUUCGUUUUCAUUCUGGCACUUGUUGACUUCAUUUGGGUCGAAAGAAACCGACCUUGUAUUUUCCUUCCUAGCUUUUCCUGAAUAUCGUUCUUUUUAACAACGAUCUCUUCAAAAGAGAAAAAAGUCACAACAAGUAAAAUUUGAGUGAACAAUUCGCUCGUGAGACAGAGAGGUACUGGGGCGAGUAAAGGCAAAACAGACCUGGAGUAAGAUGAUUGGACAAGGCUGUAAACAAGAAAAUAUUCCCAAACAUCAAACACAUCUGUUUUUACUUCGCUGGAAAUACAGAUGUAAAACCCUGGGCUAGUCACAAGACCUGGUCAGUCACAGAACCUUUAUUUACUUGUUGAAAAGAUACCUUUAGCUCAAGUUCUCAAAAUGCAUCUGCUUUUUCAAGCUUACUUUCUUGCUAUCUUUUUCGUAAUGACCGUCAAAGGCGACGGAGCUUCUCCAUUCUGUCCCAAGCCGUACGACAAGAUGAUGGUAUGCAACCUGAUGUGUAACCUUCUACAGGAUUCGAGCGCGAACGACGCCAUGAAAAUGUUACAAGCAAAAUUGGAAGGUCUCAUUGCCGGAUUGAACAAACCUGCGAUAACACAGACGCCAGGUAAAUUGUUGCAGUUGUGAACGACUUUUUAGCUCAGUGAGGUUUGUAAAGCCACAAGCAGUGCUUCUAACCAGAAGAAAACUUUACUCACGAGUGAAUUAACAUAAACUUUCGCUUUAUCCACGAAGCUGUCUUAUGGUCGCGCCUUUUGCAUUUUAUUUAGCCAGAAAGCCCGUAUGAAGUCGUUCUUAAUUAACACCAGAAUUUUUUACUUUCAUACAGCCGUUCCCGCUUCCCCGUGCCAGGAACAGUAUGAGAAACAAAAGUGAGUUCCUAGAUACAAGUAAUGUCAUGAGAAAGGUGAUGUCUAACUGAAAGACACUGCCGGCUCUGAAGAAAAUAUCAGCUUACUUGCAGUAGGAGUCGAACCUAUGACCUUCAGGUUACUAGUCCAGAUGCUCUACCACCGAGCUACAGGCGAAUCGUGGCAGCUAAGGCUACUAAACAAGCUAGGUUCAAAUAAGUACUGACAAAAAGGCAAUCAUCGCCAAGAGACACUCUCCUUUUCUAUUUCAAAACCAGCUUUAAAACGUUGUUCUUCAAUAUUUUGACGCACAGUCAAGAAAGAACAAGAGUUGUCCAGAAAUGCAAAAAUGAUCUUUGGUGAAGUAAACCUGACAGUCACUAUUUUCAUUGUCGUAGUUCGACCAAAAGCCAAGUGUACACGCUGAAGUUUGGUUCGCAAAAGAUUCCUGUUUACUGUCACAUGGGCAACUUUGGAUGCGGAGAUGGAGGGUGGACACUGGCCAUGAAAAUUAAUGGCGCAAAGGUAAAACGAUUCUCCUGGCAUACGGAAGUUAUGUAUAUAGUGUAAAGCUAAUGAGUUCUUGUUUGUAUUUCAGAAAACGUUCCAUUACAGCUCUGGGUUUUGGAGUAACAAGAAUUCCUAUCACCUUCCAGGAGGUAAGACCGGGUUUGACGAUCAAGAGACUAAACUGCCAUCCUACUGGAACACAUCCUUCUCCAAGAUCUGCCUGGGUAUGAAGAUCGGCCAGCAUAUCAAGUUCAUUGUUAUCAACAAGAAGGCCGCUUCUCUGCAUUCAUUGAUCGCAGACGGGAAGUAUCGCGCCACGUCAUUGGGUCGUAAUACGUGGAAGACGCUGAUUGGUUCUCAGGCCUCUCUACAACCUAACUGUAACAAGGAAGGGUUCAAUGUUGGUCGUGGGCACAAUACCCCAGGAGCCAGGAUUGGUUUCCUUGGAAACAACGAGAAGGAGUGCAAAUCAUGUGACUCAUGGAUUGGAGUUGGCACUGCGACGAGGUCUGACAGCUACACCACGUGUGGAAACCAAGCCAACAGCGGAGGUGAUAAUGGAGACAAAAACAUCAAAGCCAUGGGAUACAUCUUGGUUCAGUAAAGUUAAUAUGAACUGACUUGUGCAUUGUGCAUUUUCUAAAAAGCAAAUGAGGAAUUAAAGAGUAAUUUAAACCUG